GCUAUCAUCCCCCCUGCUGCUCCUCUCUCUAAGGUUUCAUCCUCCUUGGAGUCAGGAGCCCUGGGGGGGAUGUGUUUAUAUGGCGGAGGGGCUGCUGCCUUCUCCUGCUGCUGCUGCUGCUGCUCUUUGGGUGAGGACUCGAGGGAGGCAGGAUGGCCCAGCCGCCCUUGAGUGGCAGCAAUUGAUUUGAACUGAAAUAAGGAUUUACCUUCUGCAUGGUAAAAUAAUGGAACAAAACAAGUAAUCCUUCCUGCCGAUUAAAGCCCACAAAGCUACAUGUGAAAAAUGUCUACAGAGACCUUAAGACAAAAAGGUGUGUGGCGACAAACCAGAGCUCUUUUAUAUAAGAACUGUCUAGUAAAAUGGAGGACUAAAAAGAGUAGUGUUCAGGAAGUACUUCUUCCACUUUUCUUCUUAUUUUGGUUAACAUUAAUGAGCAUGAUGUAUCCAAACAAGAAAUAUGAUGAGGUGCCUGAUUCUGAUUCUUAUUCUGUGGACCACUCCAGUAUCUCUGAGUUUAUUGUUGGCUACACACCAGCAAAUGAAAUGACAAGAAAAAUCAUGCACAAGAUGUCUGCAGAAUAUUUUACAGAGGGAAUAAUUACAGAAGAGUUUUUAAGUGAGCAAGAAAUGCAGGAAGCUAGUGUUCGUAGUCCCCGAAACUUUGUGGGCAUAAUUUUCAUGGAUUCUGUGUCCUACCAGCUCAGAUUUCCUCCUGAAAAGGUUCCAGUAUCUGCAAUUCACGUGGAAUCAAGAGCUAGUUGUCCAAGGCCUUCCAAGUUAUGUGAAGCUGAAAAAUACUGGCACUAUGGAUUUACAGCUCUACAGAUGUGCAUUGAUGCAGCAAUUAUACAGCUGAAGACUAAUCAUUCUGUUUUGGAAGACCUGGAACAAACAAAAGCUAUCAUGAUGGGAGAAUCUGCCAUUAUGGAAAUUGAUAAUUCUCCUCGGGCAAUAAUUUUAAUUUACCUAGUAAUUGCCUUUUCACCCUUUGGUUGUUAUUUGGCAAUACAUAUUGUGGCAGAAAAAGAAAAGAAAUUGAAAGAGUUUUUAAUGAUCAUGGGGCUUCAUGACACUGCUUUUUGGCUUUCUUGGGUCCUACUGUACACCAGUCUGAUAUUUGUCAUGUCCCUUCUCAUGUCGAUCAUUGCAACAUUCUCUUGGCUCUUUCCUAAAAGUAGCAGCUUUGUGAUCUUUCUGCUUUUUUUCCUAUAUGGAAUAUCCUCCGUUUUAUUUGCGUUUAUGUUGACUCCUCUUUUCAAAAGAUCGAAACAUGUUGGUACAGUUGAAUUUUUGUCAACCUUGACUUUUGGUUUUGUGGGCCUGACGAUAGUGCUAUUGGAAGAUUUUCCAAAGUCGUUUGUGUGGUUCCUCAGCCCUCUGUGUCAGUGCACAUUUUUAGUUGGUGUUGCACAGGUUAUGCAUCUAGAAGAUUAUGAGGAAGGAGCUGUUUUCUCAAAUUUAUCUCAUGGUCCAUAUCCACUAGUUAUUGCUCUUAUGCUACUGGCCCUUGACAGUAUGCUUUAUCUGCUCCUGGCAGUAUAUCUGGAUCAGGUUAUUCCAGGAGAAUAUGGAUUGCGACGCAGCAUUUUCUUCUUCCUAAAACCCUCAUUUUGGACAAAACGAACUAGGAAUUAUAAGGAAUUAUAUGAGGGUAGCAUUAAUGGAAACUUAGACUUCAGUGAAAUCAUUGAACCUGUAUCUUCUGAAUUUCAGGGAAAGGAAGCUAUCAGAAUCAACUGUGUCCAGAAAUCUUUUGCUAAAAAAGGUGAAACCGUGGAAGCUCUGAAAAGUUUAACCUUUGACAUAUAUGAAGGUCAGAUCACAGCAUUGCUUGGACAUAGUGGAACGGGAAAAACAACAUUAAUGAACAUUCUUUGUGGAUUGUGCCCACCUUCUGAUGGAUUUGCAUCAAUUUACGGAUAUAAAGUAUCUGAAAUAGAUGAAAUGCUAGAUGCAAGAAAGAUAACUGGAGUAUGCCAGCAGUUAGACAUAUAUUUUGAUGUCUUAACAGUGCAAGAAAAUUUAUCAAUAGUUGCUUCAAUUAAAGGGAUACCUCCUAAUGAUAUGAUACAAGAGGUUCAGAAGGUUUUGCUUGAUUUGGAUAUGCAGCCCAUUAAAGAUAACCAAGCCAAAAAGCUAAGUGGAGGACAGAAAAGAAAACUGUCAAUUGGAAUUGCAAUUCUUGGAGAUCCAAAGGUAUUACUUUUGGACGAACCAACAGCCGGCAUGGACCCAUGCUCUCGACAUACAGUUUGGAACCUUCUGAAAAACAGAAAAGCCAGUCGAGUGACAGUGUUCAGUACCCAUUUCAUGGAUGAAGCAGACAUUAUUGCAGAUAGGAAAGCUGUGAUCUCCCAGGGAAUGCUGAAAUGUCUUGGCUCCUCUCUCUUCCUUAAGUCAAAAUGGGGAAUUGGCUACCGACUGAGUAUGCACAUAGACAGGUACUGUAACACAGAAGGAACAGCUUCUUUGAUCAGACAGCAUAUUCCUGAGGCCAGCUUGUUGAAACAGAAUGAAGAGCAACUUGUGUAUGCCUUGCCUUUCAAAGACAUGGACAAGUUUUCAGCAUUGUUUGCUGAUCUAGACAUUCAUUCCCAUUUGGGUGUUAUUUCCUAUGGUGUUUCCAUGACAACUUUGGAGGAUGUGUUUCUCAAGCUGGAAGCAGAAGCUGAAAUUGACCAAGCAGAUUUCAGUGUGUUUAGCCCAGAGCAAGCUGGAGAGGAAAUGGAUACCACAUCCAUCAGUGAGUUAGAGCAAAGCUUACUGAUGCUAUCUGAGACAAAAUCUUCUACACUAAGCAAUAAAUCCCUCUGGAAAAAGCAGGUGUUUACAAUGGCAAAGGUUCACUUCCUUAACUUGAAACGUGAAAUCAAGUCAGUGACAGCUGUGUUCUUGCUAUUUACAAUAUUUCUUGUUAUGCAGAUUUCUAUGUUUAUUAUACAUAAUUACUUCAAAAAUGCUGUGGUCCCUAUCAAACUCUCCCCAGACUUAUACUUUCUUAAACCAAAUGAAACUCAUCAUAAGUACAAAACUAGUCUCCUCAUUCAAAACACCACUGAUGCCAAUAUUGAUGACAUCAUCAGAUCUCUCAAGAACCAGAAUAUACUGACAGAGAUAGUCAAUGGCAGUGAUUAUGGAUCAGCUGAUUCCCAGAGUACAGCAUUUAACAGCAGUGGUUAUGUGGCAUUUGCUCCACACAGUGCAGCAUUGAAAGUGUUAAGUUUAGACAAGAACUAUGUUUUUACAGCUGCUUUUAACCGUACCAUGGUACAUUCUUUGCCUGUUAUGAUGAAUAUCAUUAGUAACCUGUAUCUGCACAAAUUAAAUGUGACUGAAACUAUCCAUGUCUGGAGUAACCCUUUUUUCCAAGAAAUUACAGAUAUCGUCUCCACAUUAGUACUGUACAUUGAAGCUCUGUUGCUAGGAGUCAUUGUAACUGGGAUGCCACCAUAUUUUGCCAUGGAGAAUGCAGAAAACCAUAAGAUCAAAGCCUAUACUCAGCUGAAGAUCUCAGGUCUUUAUCCUUCUGCUUAUUGGUGUGGACAGGCACUAGUUGACAUUCCAUUAUUUUACUUUAUUCUUCUCCUUAUGAUAGGAAGUUUAUUUGUAUUUCACCAUGGAGUUUAUCUUUUUCCUGAGAAAUUUCUUGCGGUGGUUUUUUGCCUUAUUGGCUAUGUACCAUCAGUAGUUCUGUUCAAUUAUGUUGUCUCUUUCACCUUUAAUGCUAUACAGAACACCAAAGAAUUUUGGUCAUUCGUUUUUUCAGUGGCAGCCUUGGUUUGUUCAAUUGUCAUUGAAAUAGCUUUCUUUAUGUGGCAUUAUACGGCAGCUGCUGUUCUUCAUACUUGUUUUUCUGUCUUUGUUCCAAUCUAUCCUCUUAUUGGGUGUCUGAUUUCUUUUAUAAAGAUAGCCCGGAAGCUUGAUCAUAAGAUGGAAAGAAAUUCAGAAAGAUUGUUGGUGUCAGUAGUAGCGCCUUAUUUACAAUGUGUGAUUUGGCUCUUUCUUCUGCGCUACCUUGAGGUGAAAUGUGGAGGCAGAUCAAUGAGAGAAGACCCGUUUUUCAGAGGUCCUGUAAAACUCAAGCCCUGGAAAUUUCCAGAUGUGCCACAUGAUGAGGAUGAGGAUGAGGAUGUUAUGGCUGAGAGAUUGAGAGUUAAAGAGAUGACAACCUGCCAGAGCUGUGAGGAGAAACCAGCCAUUUUGGUCAGCAGUUUACAUAAAGAAUAUGAUGAAAAGAAAGAUUUUCUUCUCGGAAGAAAAAUAAAGAAAGUGGCAACUAACCAUGUCUCUCUUUGUGUGAAAAGAGGAGAAAUAUUGGGAGUGUUAGGUCCCAAUGGAGCUGGGAAGAGCACACUGAUCAAUAUUCUAGUGGGGGAAGUAGAACCAACCUCAGGCCAGGUGCUGAUGGGAGAUUAUUCUUUAGGUGAGAGUAAUGAGGAGAGUUCCAAAAGAUUUGUGGGAUACUGUCCACAGACAAAUCCACUUUGGCCUGAUAUCACAUUGCAGGAGUAUUUUGAAAUUUAUGGUGCGAUCAAAGGAAUGAGUGAAAGUGACAUGAAAGAAGUCAUAAAAUGCAUUUCCAGUGCACUUGACUUUAAGGAACAUCUACAGAAAAGAACAAAGAAACUUGGGGCAGGCAUUAAACGAAAGUUAUGUUUUGCUUUAAGUAUGCUUGGAAACCCUUAUAUUACUCUACUAGAUGAGCCAUCUACUGGUAUGGACCCUAAAGCAAAACAGCACAUGUGGAAAGCAAUUCGAGCAGCUUUUAAAAGUAAACAGAGAGCAGCUAUUCUGACAACCCAUUAUAUGGAAGAAGCAGAGGCUGUGUGUGAUCGGGUGGCAGUCUUGGUGUCUGGAAAAUUAAGGUGUAUUGGGACAGUUCAACACCUCAAGAGUAAAUUUGGCAGAGGAUAUUUCUUAGAAAUUAAAUUAAAACAAGUGCCAGAUAUACAGAAGAAGGAGUAUCUUCAGAGGGAGAUUUUGCACAUCUUUCCAAAUGGAAUUCAUCAAGAAAGUUUUGCCUCAAUUUUGGCAUAUAAAAUUCCAAGGGAGGAUGUCCAUUCCCUUGCACUAUGUUUUUCCAGACUGGAGGAAGCAAAGCAUGCCUUCGAUAUUGAGGAGUACAGCUUCUCCCAAGCAACACUUGAACAGGUGUUUGUGGAACUUGCCAAAGAGCAAGAGGAGGAAGACAGCUUUGGAACACUAAACACCACGCUUUGGUGGGAACGAGCCCAGGCAGAGAGAGUUGUUUUCUGAUCUGUCCCAUGUUGUAGAAUUAAACUGAUUCAUUCUUUAGGAUUUUUCAGAAGAAUUGUUCUUGUCAUUUUGAAAUGUUUUCUUCUUUUGGUGUGUACACUGAGCACUAUGAAUAAUAGAAGCAUAUUCCCAAAGCAAAUCAGAGUAUAAUAAUACUGAUUCCCACAUUUAAACAUGCAAAAUUGAGCCUAUUCACCUAAUUUGCCUUACAUACACCAACAUGGUAAAUGUCUUUGGUCUAUGACUUGCUUUUUUUAGGUAGAGGUUUUGUAAUGGCAGAAAGAUGGUAACAUAGAAUUUAAUAUAAGUUUUCUAUUCUAGAAACUCAUGUACUAUAUUUCAUUGACACACAGUGUGUGACAUCUGUAUUAUUAGUACUAAAAAACUACAGCUGGUUCAAUAAUUUAAUUACAUGGCCUAUUACAUGUGCUACAUUUUAAGGAGUUUGAUUUCAGGAACCAUAAUCUCUAGAAGUAGGAAGAGUAUUUUUUUUUUUUUUACAUCAGUUAACAGAUAUUUGCAGCUAAUCACUGGUUCAACACGGACAUUUUCCAGAAUAAUAUUUUGCUAAACGCCAUGUUCACCUCUUUUAAAGUUACCUUGAAAUUUUUAUCACAAAUUCUGCACAAUUUUUAUGUAAAUUUAAUCAUAAGUUUUAUGUACGUUUAACCUGAAACUACCUGUCUUUUAGUAGUCAUUAUUUAGAUGGCUCAGAAUUUAGGUACAUUUUGACUUGUAAUAAGCCACUAAAUAAUAUACUUUGAAUUUAAUCUAUAUGUUUCUUUUUGAAACUUUUAUCAUUCUGGUGGAAAUUUUUAUGGUAAUUUCCUUUGUAUGCUUUUUAAUGAAGCUGUGCAAUACUUGAGUUGGAAGUUAAUGUUUGAAGUAUUUGUCAACUUACUUGCUGCAGUGUUGUUUUUCUUUUAAGCAAUCAUACAUCAGAAUAAGUGAUUGGUGCAUUUAUCCCCUAGCCCCCCUCCACCCAGCCUUUUCAUCUCAUGUGGUCUGAACACCAAUCACAUUAUCAUUAAUAUUAGAAGUAAGAUGGGUAUAAUCAGCAUUUCUCUCAUUUGAAAGCAGUACUUUUGUCACAAAAAUGUAUUGUACUUGCACUUUACGCCACUCUGAAUUCCUGUUUGUCAUUUGACAAAAUCUAAAUACAAGCCCAUUAAUGUAAAAUAUACUAUAGGACUACCAACUCUGUAUAUCGUUGUUUGUUUUGAAUGACAAAACUAAAUUGUGUCAUGGUUGCAAGUUGCAUAGAAGCCUAUACUGCAUGCACAGGUACAUCUGAAUUGUUUGCACAAAUAGUUUUCUUUCAUUUUUACAAAUGCAAAUUGUGAAAAACCAAAUGUGUAAAUCUCUUUGUACGUUUCUUAUUUGUGUAUGGCAUGUAAAAUCAUUGCACAAUCUUGGUUGUUUUUGUUGAGUUUCAACAUACCACAGAUCUGCCACAUCUUUGGUGGGUUGCCUUUUUUCUGUGUUCCAUUUUGAAGUUCUUUCUUUGAUUGAAAUAGAUGCACCAGAACUUUAUAUUUAGCAUUGUACUGAUGAUAACUAACUGUAGGAAAACAAUAAUGAAUUUGUUCCAUUAUCAUUGAAAGAUGAAAUAAAGGUUUAUGUUUGAUCA